AUGUCUUCAUCUUCUUCCUUACUAGCCACCCUUCCAAGCGCCUCUCUCUCAACCAUUAAGAGGAGAAGGAGCGAGUUGGUAACUCUAGAAAAAAUUCUCAAAGGACAAGAUGAUCAAAUCAGAGCAGAGAUUAAUUUGUUUGAACAAGUUGAACAAUUUUUUGAAACUACGACCAAUAAUAAUCGCAGUAGUGGUGUUGUUAUGAAGCAUUGUGCUAAUUUCAUCAAAGCAAUGCGGAAAGUAAUCGAGAAUAUCAAGGGAAAGGUUGUAAUUUCGUUCUUUGCCAAGCCUGGUUAUGGCAAAUCCUUCAUGAUCAAUAAUGUGAUUAGUGGAUUUGAAUGUAGAUACGACAGCCCUCUUCCUUCUGGUAGAUGUAGUGGCAAAGGACUCACUACCACUGUGAUUGAUGUAAAGUACGGAGAGCACUAUAACCUAACCAAGGUAAUGUGUACUCAGGAUGAGUACUUGUUGAGAGCAAAGCUUUUCAAUAAGAGCAAUGUUAAAAAUUAUGAAGCAAAAGAUUAUGAUUUCAAGAGAGAAACUGUAACUAUUGAUAAAGAUAAUACUCUUCCAUAUCUAUUGGCAAACAACAUUAUAGUAAGAGAUAUGCCAGGUUAUGAUGAACAUUCCCAAUCAGAUUUGUAUAAGCAGUACAUUAAGGAAAGUAUGGAAGAUACUUGCAUUCUUGUUUCAGGAAUUGAGAAUUUCAGAAGUAUUUUUGAUGAUGGUCUUGUUAAGAAAUAUUGGGAAUAUGGCAUCUAUUCACCAAAACAAGCUUUCGCUCCAUCUAUUAUGAUAGGUGUAAAUGACAAGGAGCAAGGGGAUGCUAAGGAAUAUGAGCGUACUGACUUGACAAAUGAUCAUGAGACCUUGAAAUCCAACUUUAGAGAUCAAAUAGCAAACUUUUUCGAUAUUUACAUUGAAGGAGCAAAAAAGUUAGAUAAUUGCAAGAAUGAGGAAACCAAUUUUAUGGAAAACAAGAUUGAGUUUGUAACAGACUUGAGCACCAAUGUUUCAGUUCUUGCAUUUCCACCUAAAAACCACAAAUCGGAAAUAUUCAAAAAGCAGUUUUCUACUCAAAUAGAACAAGCAAGAUUCAAAAUUAUUGAAAAUAAUUGUGGUAGAUUAAGAGACAUUGCAAUUAUUAUUCUUUCAAAUAUUCUCUGCAAGACAACUAAAGAGAAAGAAGCUUCAGUUGAUCUUAAAAAAAAAUUGACAAGCCUUAAAACUAACAUUUUAGAAAAAUUGAAUGCUAAAAUAGAGCAAACAAAAACUGUUUCACCAACCUAUGAGGUUCUUAUGGAUGGCAAUGAAGCUUUUUCAGCCAUUCAAUUCAUCACCAAUUUGUACAAUUUUUUCAAAAAGGGAAUUGAUGAAUGUUUUAAUAUGACAGACAUGGAAGAAAUGUUAGAAAAAGGCAAAAAAUCAAGAUUUCAAAAAGAAGAAAAGAAAAAAGAAUGGAAAGAAAUAUAUGAAGAUUUCCAUAAAAACUUUCUUGCAAUAAUAGAAACAAUGAAGGGGAAUGCUAAUGAGUUGGCAAGUGACUUGAAUUCAUUUCUGAAAUUAAAGCUACCUGCUAUUGAAGCCGAGUUGGAAGAAGAAUUUGUAAAAAGUUUAGUUAAUGCGCUGAACCCUGAAACAGAAGAAGAAAUUGAAAACGAUUUGAUCUUAGAAAUUUACAAUUAUAUUUGUGAUUACGCUGACAAGCUUUCAGAAUUUUUGAGAGAUACUGAAAAAAUUCAAAGUUUGAAAUCAUCAGAAAAGGACAAGAUUAAGGAUCUUCUUGAAAUUUACAAGAAAAAGAAACCUCAAUCAAGCACUCUUGACAUUACCUUGAAAUCAAAAUUACAAAAUCCUCAACUCUCUCCAACCUCUGGUUUGAAAUUUCCUAUUACUGAGAGCCGUCAGGUCUCAGAUUUAAAAACUAAAGAGUAUGUCGUUCCCAUAGACCCGGUUAGUAAAUUCUCCCUUCCAAAGUUGAAAAAGAGCGAUCUGAUAUUGGAAAAGUUGGAUAUGAGUGAUUCAAAUAGUAAUGAGGCUGUCAUUUCCUUUGAUUGGGAAUCAAAAAAGCUAUCUAUCUCUUAUUCUGAAGAUUGGAAACCAAAUCUAAUGAUUACGCCUCUUACUGAAUUAGAGAAACAACAAUAUCUAUUUUUCAUUGUAACUGAGCGUCGCUAUGUUGAAAGAUACAAGAAGAUAUUGAAGGAAUCAAAUUUUGAAUCCAACUAUAAUUUUUUAAUUCUGGAUGAAAAUGUAAAAUUAGGAUAUGCCAGAGCUGAAACUUGUGUAUUCUUAACUUGUGAACAUUUUCAAAUGGAAACUGCCAUUAUUAUGCAUGAUGAUAUUAGACUUUUCUAUGAAUAUUUACACGAUCAAAAGAUUACAACUCCUCAUAAAUAUGCCAUGACAAGAGCUUGUUUACAAUUAGAAGAUACAUUGUAUGAAGAAUUAUUUGCUCCAAAACAAAUUAAUGAGGUUGUCGACAAGUUAAAUAGUAUCCUUACGGUAGAAAACUUGUCCUAUUCACUGACCAGUUUGAUGAAAAAGAUUGACAAAAAUGAAAAAUAUGAAAAACUGACUGAUGAAAUGAAAGAAAAACUAUUGGAAACUGUCACAGAAUAUAUUGCCAGCAUUAAGAAUAAUGACUCUAGAGAAAUAGCAUUGGCUAAAGUUGCAAAAAAUCCAAAUACCUUUAUUGAAUAUGCUACAAUUGCAGGACUUAAAAUUGUUGAUGACGUUGUGAAACUGUUUGACAGAGCUCAACAUGUUGGUAGAGUUUCCUUGUACGAUUAUCAAAUUAAUCCUACCACAAGAAACAAAGUUUAUGGUCUAAGCAAACCAACACACAUUCUUUCUAACUCCAAAUCUUCAGUCUACAUUUAUUAUAUUAGAGCAAUGAAGGGAAUUCAUUCAAUUAGUGAUGAAGAGUUUUGGAAGAAACCUGUUGACACCGAAAGAAAGAAGUUUUUAAAGAAAUUCACUUCAAAAAACAAGACUGAAUCUUAUUGGAAACAAGUUGCCGAAAAGGGAUACAGAUAUGCAGAUACUUUCUUGAAAACUCAAAUGCUCUUGCAUGGUGUUGGUAGUUUCCAAUUAUUCUCUUUUGCCUUCUCAUCAAAUUCAAAUGCUCCAUCUUUAAACGACUACAACGAUGCAAAGAGAGGUGAAAAUUUUGACAGUGAUAAUGAACAAGAGACUGGAAUUGAAGAAAUUGCUGCUGUUUCUGAUAACAAGAAAAGAAAACGAAACCUCAAAAAAUCCUCUUCAAAGAAAUCUAAAAAAUAA